CUGGUGGAGGAAGAGUCCUGGAACUGAAGUUCGCUGCUGGGCCCAGUGGAAGAACACCAUGCUGCUGAACCCCAUCAUCUCCAAACUUGCCCACAAGCUGGUAGUGCUUGCAAGUGCCUCCCCAAGAAGACGGGAGAUCCUCCAAACUGCUGGUUUACAGUUCGAGGUUGUGCCGUCAUGGUUUGAAGAAACUCUGGACAAGGACGUUUUCAAGGCGCCCUACGAGUAUGCGCUGGAGACAGCCAAGCAGAAAGCUCUGGAGGUGGCCCGCAGGAUGCCACUGACACACUUGAAAAUUCCAGACUUGGUGAUCGGAGCAGACACUAUUGUGACUAUAGAUGGCAUGAUUCUGGAGAAACCAAAGGACAGACAGGACGCCUACAGGAUGCUGUCGGGCCUCAGUGGGAAGGAGCACAGCGUCUUCACGGGCGUAGUGAUUGUUUUCUGCCAUGAGAGAGAAAGACAAGUGGAUUACCAGCUCAUUGACUUCUACGAGGAAACAAAGGUGAAAUUUUCUGCUCUGUCAGAGGAAAUGCUGUGGGAGUACAUCAACAGUGGGGAGUAUGCGGAUAAAGCCGGCGGUUAUGGCAUCCAGUCUUUAGCAGGCAUGCUGGUGGAGUAUGUCCACGGCGACUAUCUCAACGUCGUUGGCUUCCCUCUCAACCACUUCUGCAAACAGCUGGACGUCAUUUAUAAGGGCUGCCCUUCAUCUCUCAGCGACAAGUCAGUCGCCAUCAGCCGCCUGAAGCCUCCGAGCGUGCUGGUUGAGCUGCCGUCUGGAUCCACUCUUCCUCAGAAUGAAGUCAUAAAAGAGAAGGAGAGUCAAGACGGGAGGGAGAAUGAUGGAGCACUACCGCUAAUAGCCAGUGGAGGGCAGCCAAAACACACGAAUGAGAGCAACGGCCCCAAGAAGAACGAGCUGCAGCACAUGAUCGCUCUGAUGGACGGAUUCAAAGCCUCGAAGGCACUCUUUGUUGCCUCGCAAAUGCACGUCUUCGAUGUGCUCCAUAAACGGCCAGGCCUGGACGCUGCACAGGUGGCGCAGGAGAUCAGCGCCUCUGUGAAAGGAGCUGAAAGUUUGCUGGAGGCUUGUGUCUCUCUGAAGCUGCUUAAGUGCAAAAGUGGAGCAGGUCAACAGAAGCCAGUGUACAAGAACACGGAUGUGGCCAAACACUUUCUGCUGUCAGACGCUCCCUUCUCCCUGCUGGGCUACAUCCAGCACUGCAACGGCACAAUCUGGCCGCUCUUCUCACACCUGCACGCCGCGGUGCGAGAGGGAGUAAACCAGCACCACAAAGCCUUCAACCAGACCUCAGAAAACCUAUUUGAGGACACCGUCUACAACAGUCAAGAAGCCAAGCUGCGGUUCAUGAAGGCCAUGCACAGCAUCGCUAAAGUCACAGGGAUGGCUGUGGCAACGGCAUUUGACCUGUCAAGCUUCAGAACCGCCUGUGACCUCGGAGGGUGCACUGGAGCUAUGGCUUAUGAGUUCACUAAAGCGCACCCCAAUCUGUCUGUCACUGUGUUUGACCUGCAACCUGUUGUUGAGCUGAGCGAACACUUCAAGUCACAGGACACAGAUGGGAGGGUAUCAUUUAUAGCAGGUGACUUUUUCAAGGACAAGCUGCCCAAAGCAGAUUUGUACAUCCUCGCAAGGAUCCUCCACGACUGGUCCGAUGAGAAAGUGCACCUCCUACUGAGUAAAGUCGCAGACGCAUGCAGCCCAGGCUCGGCCGUCUUGAUCAGUGAGAUCUUCCUGGAUGAGAGCAGAUCGGGUCCCAGUCGCGGGCUGCUCCAGGCCCUCAGCAUGUGCGAAGGGAGACAGAGGAGCGCCGCAGAGUACAGUCUGCUUCUCAAGAACCAUGGUUUCAUCCCAGCUGAUAUCAGACUCACUGGAAACCUACUGGAUGCUAUGCUCUACGUCAAAAAGUCGCCCGCCACGACACCGCAGUGAAGAAGGCUGUGCGGUUCUGGUUGCUGAGACGAUGCUGGACGGACAUUCGGCGCACUCAACCCUGCAGUCGCUCAACAUGCUGGUGCAGACGGAGGGACAGGAGAGGAUGCAGCGCCACUAUGAACACCUUCUAAACACACAUGGAUUCGGU